AUCGCAGUGUUGCCAGUUUACACGAGAAAAAGGUCGGCAGCAGCAUCACGCUGGCUCUAUCCUUUGACAAAGAAACACCGUUCUUUUUUCUCAUAUGAGAAGAGGUUUCGACAAAGUGCACGCACGAAAAGAAUGGAAACCAAGAAAAAAUAGUCCUGGAGGAAUUGUGUGUGAGCGUGUCUUUGGUGUUAGUGUGGCGAGGAAUCUUCUGAUGUUUGUGUGGUGAAACAACGUGAGCGGCCGGAGAUCAUUUCAACCCUUGAUAUGCGGUAGAGGGUGAUUUUUGACACUGUCUUUGUCUUUGGCGUACCCUCUUAUUCACCCGCUACAAAAUCAGUAAAAAAAUGCGAGCAUCUUUCUUAAUUUUUGUCACCAUACUCGCUGCCUGCGCGAAUGGACAGCAAAACAAACCUCCACGUUUCUUGCCUGGGGGAGACAUGCUUCGAAUAUCUGUACCUGAGGAUGCCGCUGUAGGCACGUCGAUUUACACCUUAAAAGGCGAAGACCCUGACGGAGGAGAGGUCCACUACAGCAUAAGCGGCCAGACGUUUGAAGUGAACCGUAAUACCGGUGUAGUGACUCUGGCACGACCGCUUGACCGAGAGAAGCAGGACCUCAUUGAAGUUAUCAUCAGCAUUACAGAUACCGCUCCUCGUGGAUACGAACCUAACACUGUAUCAUUACGGAGAGAAAUUACGGUGAUCGACAGAAACGACAACGCACCGCAGUUUGCAAAUAAGCCUUACUCUCUGAGCAUUCCUGAAAACACGCGAGCGGGAAACGUGGUGUACGACAGAGUCGUCAUCACGGACGCCGACAGCGAUGGCAACGGAGAAGUUACUGUAACUUGCGACCCAAUCAAAUCUACUCCGAGAGGCGCGUGCAACACUUUUGGCAUAAAACUCGUCGAAACAACCAAUUAUCGGAGCACUCGUCAAGCGCGAAACUACACGUGCCAAUUGGUGCUAAAUGAGCCGCUUGACUUUGAGUACCGCUCUUCCUACAGUCUUUUUCUGACUGCCACCGACAACCCCUUUGACCAAAGAACAAAGCUAAGGGCGACUGCAACUGUUUCCGUGCAGGUUGAAGAUGUUCAAGACCAACCACCAGUAUUUCUUAACGCGCCUUACACUUCGUCUUUGCCGGAAGGGACGGCUCAGGGCGUUUCCAUUUUGCAAGUUAGAGCCAAAGACGGCGACGCUGGCAACCCGAGGAAAAUCUUUUUGGCGAUUGAAGGCGAUUAUGGAAAUCAUUUUGAGUUGGUGCCCGAUGAGAUGCAAAGCGGAAAUGAAGUGUCUGCCAUUUUACUCACGACUAAUGUCCCACUGGAUAGGGAAAGCCCUGCAAUUUUGGAAAGUGGAGGAAUCUACUCAUUUAAUAUAACUGCUCGGGAAGAAGGAGAUUUCGGUCUUGCUGGCGAAUCCUCAAGCACACAGGUGAUGAUAGUUGUUACAGACGUGGAUGACCAUUUGCCAAAAUUCAAUAAGGACAAAAUCACAAUCCAAAUUUCUGAAGAUAUAAGGAAACAUUCGCCACUUCCUGGAUUAAACUUAAUAGUCAAUGAUGAGGACUUUAGUGAAAAUUCAUUUUACAAACUCCACAUCCGCUCUACCGGCAACAGUGACUUGGACAACGUCUUGUCUGUCAACCCCUCGUCUGGUUCUGGUCACACUCCUAUUAAUAUUAGGGUGGAAGAUACAUCUGCAUUUGAUUAUGAUGAGCCCAUUAACGAAGACCACUCUCUAGAAUUCGAAGUUUUGGCCAUAGUCAUGAAAGACGGUCAAGAAAUGGUGGCGGCUAAGUCGCUUGUUAAAAUAGAAUUGUUGGACGCGAACGACAACGCACCAGCUUUUUACAAGAGCUCGUACAAGUUAACCAUUCCCGAGAGCAUGAAACCUGGAUUUUUGUUGGAGGACAUCAAAGCCAGUGAUCCAGACAGCGGGGAUUUUGGAAAAAUUCAUUACUCACUGCAAGGCUUUGGCGCAGAGCGGUUCAGCACCGACGUCAUAAGCGGCGGGAUAUAUUUAGCAAAAAAUUGCCCAAAGAAUGGAUGCGUUGACUAUGAAACACAGAGGUCUUACUCGCUUACCCUGACUGCCAAAGACGGAGGGGGAAAAUUCAGCACUACUAGCAUCCAAAUUGAUAUAGCGGACGUAAAUGACAAUGCACCAAAAUUCCAGCAGUCUGAAUACCGUCGCACGUUCCUUGAAGGCGAAACAAGUUUUAACCCACAGCUCUUUGUCAGGGCAGUGGAUGUCGACGGCCCCGCGCAAGGAAACGGAGCCAUAACCUACUCCAUCGCAACCUCAAAUGCGCCUGAAGGAGCUUUCCAAGUGGAUCCAGAUACUGGCGAAUUGAAAUUACUGAAGCCUGCAGCCGCGGGCGACACUCUGUUCGGCCAGUACGAACUUAAAAUCAGAGCUAGCGACCAUGGAUCCCCUGAGUCCCUCCAUUCAGAAGCCUCGGUCAUUAUCAGGGUUGGGGUACCUGGAAAUCAGCAGCCCGUUUUUAAGGGUGGUCCGAUUUUUGAUUCAAAAGUUAACGAGAAUGUGGAAUCAGGCAAGCCUGUGAUAAACAUUACCGCCCACGAUCCAGACGGCCAAGAUACCGAGUUGACAUAUAAAAUAGUGGCGGGGGCGAGGGAUAAUUUUGUUAUCGACCAGUAUUCUGGCCUCAUUUCUGUGGCUCCUGGAGGCAUUUCUGAGAGGGAGGAUUUCAAAAUACUCGUUGCAGCAAUUGACGAUGGAAAACCGUACAGGGCAACUGCAACAGCCACAGUAAACGUCCACGUCAUAGACAUAAAUAAUGAGCCUCCUAAAUUUGACGAAGAUUAUUACGAAAAGCAUAUAUCAGAGCGCUUGGAGGUUGGCGAAUCUGUCCUCCAAGUCUCCGCUUCUGACUCGGAUUUGGAUGCAAAGUUAAAAUACUCGAUAAUCGAUCCGCAGUAUGUGAAAGAUAAAACUGGGGUAGAGAUUCAACUGACUUCAAACAAGUACUUUGAAAUCAACUCAACAAGCGGGAACAUUUACCUUGUUCGAAAAUUGGAUCACGAGAUUGCUGCAGUCAUCACUUUCAAUGUGAUGGUUGUGGACGAAAAUGCUCAAGAAAAUGUGGAUCUGCAGAAUGCAACAUGCGAGGUCACCUUUUUCGUGGAAACAUACAAUGAUAAAAAUCCUGUGUUUAAUGAACCAUGGAGUCCAAGCAGUCCCGUUUACAAAAUAAAAAUUGGUGACCAGAGAAGUCUGGGCACGGAAUUGCUAACUCUCUCUGCAAGGGAUCCGCUUAGGGGAGGAUUUCCUACUUCAAAAUUUCAGCUUCUUGAAAAUGACGACGAAAUUGUCACUUUGACGCCAGACAAUCGCCUCGUUCUAAACAAAGAUUUGCCAUACGAUCUAAACAAUAAGACUUUUAAGGCUUUGAUUAGAACGGAAGCUGACGGAGAACAAGAUCGAUUUAGCGAAGCCACGGUUAUUAUUGAACUGGAUGAUAUCAACCACUACACUCCUAGCUUUACUCAAAGGACAUACAAAAGCAGAAUAGCUGAAAACGCUAGAUACCCAACUACGGUACUGGCAGUAAAUGCAACGGACAAUGAUGACCAAAGUAGCCCCUCUGGUCACGGUUUAGUGCGAUAUUCGUUGACAGGAUCUGGCUCACAACUCUUCACAAUUGAUCCCAUAACUGGCAUAAUUAGUGUCGCGAAAGGUGCAAUUUUGGAUAGGGAAACGCAACCGCAGCUUAAUUUUUACGCUGUGGCGGUUGAUACGCCAAACGGGGGACCAGAACAACGGAAAUCAACAACACAUAUUGAAAUUGACGUAUUGGAUGUAAACGAUAACCCUCCGAAAUUUGAAACACCUCAAUACACGGCCGUGAUUCCCGAAAAUGUCAACGUGACUUGGAGGGUGAUUAAAGUAGCUGCCAGAGACCCUGAUGAAUCCGUGAGCGGGGAAGUAGAAUACGAAUUUGCCGAUUUGGGAGAUGCUCAAGGCCUUUUGUCGAUUAAUACAUCGACUGGUGAGAUCCGCACAAAGUCUUUGCUGACUGGCAAAGGUCGUCAUGACCCUUACGCGAUUCAAGUGCGUGCUGUCGACUUGGGCCAGCCGUCGCUCCAUGCAGAUGUUCCGCUGUACCUAUACAUUAGCGACGUGGCUCAAAACGACGGCAUUCCCGUUUUCUUGCGGCCAAUGCCUAAUGAGACUGCUUUCAUCGCAGAGAAUUCUACUAUCGGGUCACCAGUAUUCCAGGUCAUUGCAAAGGAUCCCGACGAUUCAAAUACCGCAAAUGGAAUGAUUUCAUACAAGCUCUUGGACAAUGAAAAGUUUUCAAAGGAUACACUAGCUUUCAGAAUCGACCGCGAGACCGGGCUGAUUACAACGAGGCAACCAUUGGACCGCGAAAGACAGUCAGACUACACACUUAUUGUUGAGGUGCAAGAUGAUGGGUCACCACCGAAAAAAGCGUCUAGUAUAUUGAGAAUAGAAGUCACAGACGUUGACGAUCACAAACCCAUCUUCCAGCGCUCAAUAGUAAGCGACGAAAAAGAGUUUCGUAUUCGAGAAGAUUCUGCGCCAGGUUUAGAAAUUGGAUCAGUAGCCGCUGUGGACGGAGACACGAAUGAAAAUGCUGACAUCAAUUACGCAAUAAUAUUCGGGAACGACGAAAGAAUAUUUAACAUCACCCGUACUGAUGACAAUAAGGGAAAAAUCACACUUAACAAACAAGUGGACAGGGAAAUAAAAGAAGAUCACGUCAUAACUAUAAAAUGUUUCCCGGCACGAACGCGUUCACCUGUAAUGAGGAAAGAAUACAAUCCACAGGACCCUUCUGAAAUUCAAGUUAAAAUUAUUGUUCAAGAUGUUGACGAUAACGUGCCUGUAUUCAAACAAGGAAAUCUCACUGUCGGAGUGAGAAUCUUUGUGCCGGUCGACACGCCACUGGUGACUGUUGAGGCUACUGAUAAUGACGCAAACGCUCCUGAAAUGCAUUAUAAGCUUUUAAAGGCUGAAUUCGACCGCCCAGGAUUAGCGGAAAUGACCGUGGAUGAAGACACGCCGAUUUUCCGGCUGAAUGAAAGAACUGGCGAGUUGCACACCGCUACAUCAAUGGCGCCUUUUGCCGAUGGAAUUUUUACUCUUUACAUCACAGCGUUCAACAGCGAAGAAAUGAAAGGAAGUGCAAACACGACAAUAAAGGUAUUCGUAUGGAGGGACUCUGAGUUGUUGAAAUUCGUCUUUGCCAAACCUUUGGCCGAAGUCAGGAGGACCCUACCUCAAUUUAAAGCAGAUCUGGAGGCAUCACUAUCAGACGACGCAAAACUCAACAUUUAUGACACCCAAUACCUUAUUAAAAAGAGCGGAAGCAUUGAUUUUGGGACCACAGCAUCGUGCUUCCAACUGCUUGGAGAUAAUUACCUAAACUUGACGUCCAUGCAAAAUAUGUUGGCGUACGAGAACAACCCAGCACUGUCAAAGAUAUUCGAUCGCUAUGGAGUUCAAGCAGUUGAGCGCUGCUCUCCAAUUGCGGGAAAGGUCAAAGCAACAACCGUACAAAUUUGGGUUUUAAUUAUAGCAGCCUUAGUUGGAUUUUUAUCUUUAAUUGCAUCAAUAUUCCUCUGCUGCUCACACAGCAGAUAUUCCAAAAAAAUUAGGAGGACAUUAAGAAGAGAUGAUUAUAGUUCACAUAGCAAUGAGGGCUACGCUUAUGUUGUGUCCCACGCCGGAUCUAUUUUGCGCAACCCAGCGCCAUCAGUCAUUUCCCAGAGUUUCCACGGUUCUGAGUGGCCUGCUGAGUUCAUAGGGACUCCAGCGAGUUUACUUCCUCCAGGAGUUGUAACGUGAUAUUAUGAACACUUUUAAUGGUGCCAAUGUUAAAUCCGAGCUUAAUAACCUGUAUGAUUUUUAUACAAAGUGCUGUAAGAAAAAUGCUAUAUAUAAUGAAUAAAUUAAUUAAUUAAUCCCCUUAAGUUGCUAUUCAUGUGAGUAUAA